GAAAAAGAUCAGUGAUGCAAUUGUUAAAGGCCAAGAGUUUGCUUGAUGAUGAUAAAGAGCAGCAGAAAAAAUAUAAAGGCUACCAAUAUUUUCCCUUGAGAAACUUGAUUAAUUAUAAACAGAUUUUAUUGACCCAUUAAAAAUAAAGGCCCAUCAAGGGUGACCUCUUCCAUGUACCCGACUUCGGUCGGGCGCGACAAGGAGGCCAGCCUUACUUAUCUAAAUAAGUAACUCCCUCCCCCGAAUCUCUCCUACUCUCUCUACUUCAUAAGUUUCAACAAACUCCCAAAUAAAGGGAAUGGUUAUCAUCUACAUAGGUGGUUAUGUAUUCUGAGUUUAUCAACCUAUAUAAACACCCAAAUGACUUUUAUAUAUUCAGUAUAUAGUCAGAGUAAAUAAGAACAAACUGGUUUUUCACAUUCCUGAGACUGACUUCACUUUCCUUCUGAUUAAGGUUCAAUUAGUUCACUUUGAAAGAACGAUGGAAAAAGAAUGUAAGGGAGUUGCAGUGGGGAUAGAUCUUGGCACAACAUAUUCUUGUGUUGCAGUGUGGCUUGAACACCACAACAGAGUUGAGAUCAUUCACAACGAUCAAGGCAAUAAAACAACACCUUCCUAUGUUGCUUUCACUGACAAACAAAGGUUGAUCGGUGAUGCUGCUAAGAACCAAGCCGCAAUCAACCCUACCAACACCGUCUUUGAUGCUAAGAGGAUGAUUGGCAGAAAAUAUAGUGACCCCAAUAUCCAGAAAGACAAACUUUUGUGGCCAUUCAAAGUCAUUUCCGGUGUUGAUGACCAACCAACAAUUGUUGUACAGCACAAGGGUCAAGAGAAACGCCUUUGUGCCGAGGAAGUCUCGGCUAUGAUUCUUAUGAAGAUGCGCAAGAUUGCAGAGGCAUAUCUAGAGUCACCUGUGAAGAAUGCAGUUAUUACUGUACCUGCAUUCUUCAAUGACUCUCAGCGCAAAGCCACCAGAGACGCCGGCGCCAUUGCCGGCCUUAAUGUUAUGAGGAUAAUCAAUGAGCCUACUGCUGCAGCUAUUGCUUAUGGCCUCGACAAGAGAUCAAACUGUGUUGGAGAAAGGAACAUUUUUGUCUUUGACUUUGGUGGUGGUACAUUUGAUGUAUCACUACUUACCAUCAAAGAUAAGGUGUUCGAAAUGAAGGCUACAGCUGGAAAUACUCAUCUGGGUGGAGAAGACUUUGACAACAGAAUGUUAAAUUACUUUAUGCAGAAGUUCAACAAGAAGAACAAUCUGGACAUAAGUGGAAAUUCAAGAGCAUUGAGGAGGUUGAGAAAUGCAUGUGAAAGGGCGAAAAGAGUACUCUCUUACAAUGUUGAUGCCUUCAUCGAAAUAGACUGUUUAUUUCAAGGCCUUGACUUCUGUUCAUCAAUCACUCGAACUAGGUUUGAGGAACUCAACAUGGACCUCUUUAGAGAGUGCAUAGAUACUGUAAAUAAGUGUCUUACUGAUGCAAACAUGGACAGGAACUGUGUGGACGAUGUUGUCCUUGUUGGUGGCUCAUCUAGGAUUCCUAAAGUGCAGCAACUAUUGCAGGAAUUCUUCAAUGGAAAGGAUCUAUGUAGGAGUAUCAACCCUGAUGAAGCUGUUGCGUUUGGAGCAGCAGUUCAAGCUGCUUUGUUAAGUGAAGGCUUUAAGAAGGUGCCAAAUUUGGUGCUGCAUGAUGUUACUCCGCUGUCACUUGGUAUAUUAACUAAAGGAGAUCUGAUGCAUGUAGUGAUUCCUAGGAAUACUACUAUUCCUGUGAAGAAGAAACAAGGAUGUCAUACAUCAGAAGAUAAUCAAACUGUCGUAAAAAUUGAUGUUUUUGAGGGUGAGAGGACAAGAGCCAUUGAUAACAACUUGUUGGGUUGGUUUAAUCUUUCAGGCAUACCUAAAGGUCCUAGAGGUCACCCUCUUAUGAUAACCUUUGAAAUUGAUUCCGAUGGUAUCUUAAACGUAACUGCCGCAGAUGAAACAACUGGCAACAGCAAUGAUAUUACAAUAAGCAAUACAGGACGAAUGUCGCAGAAGGAAAUUGCGAGAUUAAUUCAAGAAGCUAAAGAUUAUGAGGCUGAAGACAAAAAGUUUCUGGAGAAGGCUAGAGCAAGAAAUGAUUUGGAUGAUUAUGUUUACAAAAUUGAAAAAGCUUUAAAAGGUAUGGCAAAGGGCAAGGGAAUUAUCACUGAUGCAAUUAUUAAGGCCAAGAGUUUGCUUUAUGGUGGUCGAGAUCAGCAUGAAAAAGAUGUGUUCGAGAAGAAUCGCAAGGAGCUUGAGAUCGUUUUUGAGCCCAUGAUGCCAAGAUUGGAAAAUUAAAUCAUUGAUUUUCUGCAUGUUAAGAUCUUUCGAGGAUAGAGUGCAGACUUUUCAUUUUAUUUGGUAUGUAAUGCAAAUUUUAUGUGACUUAAA